UCAGGUAAUUACUCAAUAUUAUUACUUGUAGUUGUUUGGUAAACCACUAAACUAACAAUUAGUUUCAACGUUCUCUUGUAAAGAAAACAAAAGCCUUCAGCGGACAUAAAGAUGAAUACCUGUCUCCAAUUAACUUCUCUUUUGCUUCUUGUCGCUGCAUUUCUCUCUGAUCACCAGGUGAACUGUAAGUGCAGCUCUUCCAUCGCCGACACAGAUUGGGCAGCUUGUCUUGUUGCAGAAAAUGGAGAGUGCCCCAACAAUUUCAUCAAACUUGACGAUGACGGCCAAUGUGCACCAGGUAGCUACAGGACCCCAAAAUGGAAGGACCGGGUGUGCUGCCUCAUGACUCCAAGUUUGGAAUUUAAGAUUAAGGAUUCACCAUGUCUAGCGGGAAGUCCAGCAAGUAAUGACGAGGCAAAGAAGACUCGUAAACAUCACUGAUUUUGUCAAAAAAAAAACCCUUACUUUAAUUUAUUUCAUUACCAAUAAAAACAGUUUUUGGAAAUUGUCGAACUACUAUCACAAUUUAAAAAAUAUCACUGCAGUACUAUGCAAAAGUAACGCAAACAAUAAUAGCUGAAUAUGUGGUCCUUUGUUUUUCCGAGAUAUCCCCAAUCUCAGUUUGUCUAGAAUUGACUUAUGUGGAAUCGACUUCCAGUUUGUAUUGAAAAUAACUACCUCCCCUACGGCUAUUGGGUCGAUUAGAAGUCAAUAAGGUUCUGCCGAUGGAAUCACUACACGUUUUGUAAUGCGUUAACGAAGCGACCCAUGCCGUAAGUGAAACGACCUGAGACGUUGGCGUAAGGUUCUAUAACGUUAGCGAAACGACCAAUUACUGGUUUUGGCAAAAUAACGCAAUAACGGUUUACCGGAGAGCACGCAACGAAUAAUCACAAUUGUCGAUCAGAAGUCGAUGAAGUUCUGCCAAUAGAAUCACUGAACGUUUUGUAAUACGUCAGGGAAGCGACCAAUGAGAGGAAAAUGAAACGACCUGAGGCGUUAGUGAAAUGUUACCGUUCUAACGAAACAACAACGGUAUAACGGAGAGCACACGACAGGUGACUCAUAAUCACAACGCCUUAUAUUAAUAUCACUCUUACGAAAUAUCGCUAGAGCAACUCAUCGUAGAGCAAGGAGAAGCCAUCGCCCACCUGUCGCUCAGGCGAUUUAUCGGCACAAUGAUGUUUGCGAGUAGCUUGCAGUCGAAACGUCGCGAUCCACAUCCAAAGUAACCACAUCAUGAGAGAAACGAUAACAUUUUUCUUUUGAAGCGUUAUUUACCACAACGAAUAACCACAAACUGUUUUACGAUAUGAUAUUUCAAGUUUCUUCCCCUUUAA